AUGAAUCACAAUUAUAAUAGUAAUUAUAAUAACAACUAUAAUAAUAACAAUAAUAAUAAUAACAACAACAAUCAAAACAAAAGAAAAUAUCAAGACUAUAAUAAUAAUGUAAAGAAAACUACUACAACUACGACUACUCCCACUAAUCAUAAUUAUAAUAACAACUUUAAUAAUAAUAAUAAUCAUAAUAGUACUAGUAACAAUUAUCAUCAUCAAAAGAGUAAUCAUAAUUAUAAUAGUAACAAUAAUAAUAAUAAUAAUACAAAUUAUAAAGGGAGUGAACAAAAUCAACAACAUCAUCAACAAACAUGGAAGAAACAAAAAUCAUAUGAUCAUAAUGCUGUAGCUGCACUUGUUGCACCACCUCCUAUACCGAGUACAUUUAGUUCAUUGGAAUAUAUAAUACCUGAUGACUAUAAAACCUAUGAUAAUCUAUCACUACCUCGAAAGAUGGGUAUUGUCAUACCAUCUAAAAAUGCAUCAAGAUCAAAACUAUUAAAAUUAUCGGUACCAUCAUCACCGUCAUUAUCCUCUCAAUCUAAACAAACAACGAAAAAGAACAAUGGUACUACUUUGGAUACUGCUGAAACCAUUCAAUUAAAUAAUAGUGAUCUAAUACAACAAAAAUUAAAUUUUCUUUGGAAUGCUUGUAAAUACAAUUUAUCAACUUCAACUACUUAUUCUAGUUUAUUAAUGAAUCAAUUUCAACAAUUAGAAGAUAAAUGGGAAUAUAAUGCAAUACCACCAAAAGAGAAUGAUAGUAUAUGUGAAAAAUGUGGAUCUAUAUUGAUUCCAGGUGUAAAUUGUAAUGUUAGAAUUAAAAAUAUAAAGGAUAUUGGUGGUUUAAAAAGGAACAAGUUAUACAACCGAGAGGAAGUGAUCAAUAACAAAUUAAAUAACAAGAUUAAAAAUGCAAUCAUUAAAACUUGUACCCAAUGUAAAUUAUCAUUACCAAUCCCCGCUAAAAUGGUAAACAAAGAUGAUAUCAAAUUAAAAAAUCAACAACAAUCGAAACCAAAAUCAAAACCAUCAAAAGAAAAUAAUAAUAAUAAUAUUAAAGAAAAAGAAAAAGAAAAAUUGGAAAAGGAUAAAUCUAAACCUUUAUCAAUUAGCACUCCAUCUCCUCCUCUUCAACCUGCACCUUCUAAACCUCAACCUUCCAAUACAAAGAAAAAUAAUAAUAAUAAUAAUAAUAAUAAGAAAAAUACUAAUAAUAAUCUACAAAGUUUUUUAAAUGAUGUUUCUGGAAUGUUUAAAUAA